GCCAAGCCCUUUGUGUGAUAUUUAUCAUUUUUUAUACCCAAUACUACUGCUUAAUCAGCAACACAGAAUUUUUUCAAUAUUAAGUCGCAUUAAGGAAGUCGAUAACAAAUCAGAAAUCAGACACAUCACAGGACAUACUCCAAACUAUGUUUCGUUUCUCUGCAAUUUCUCGCAUGUCCCCAUGCGCUAUUUUGCUGAAUAAAGGCCACGUCGUAAGUUGGAUGAGUGGCCGUGGCUUUGGAUUCAUUGAAGACCACGCAGACAAAAAGCAGCACUUCGUCCACUUUUCUGCCCUGCAAACAGAACCUGGUGGUUACCGCGCCCUUUCAGUCGAUCAGGAGGUCGAAUUUGAGGUUGCUUCGCAGGAUGGACGCACCCGUGCGGAAAACGUCACCGCUCCUGGGGGUGGCAAGCUCCCUUCAGGCGCGCGUCCUCCGCAGGGUCAAGGCAUGAACCGUGGUAAUCGAUCAUUCCGACGCAACGAUGACAAUCGCGGCUCCCGUAACAACCAAAGUAGCAAUAACAACAGCAAUUUUAGCGAUGAGUUUUAAGGUGCUGAGAUUAAGUAGAAGUAGAUAAGCAUUACGUUGAUGAUUACAGAUGCAUGGAUGCUCGGGAAAGGGAUGAUGAAAUACAUACCAAAUCAUUCGAAGACAGGGCCUUAAGGAUGUUUCGUUUGCUUUAGAGAGAGAUAUUUCUUAGCAUUUUCUCUCUGUGGAGCUCUAUUUUUGCUGACUAAUGCAGUUUCGCUUUUGUUUGUUUUCUCAGUCUUAGCGUUAAAAAAUUUGGUAUUUUUUUUCUUGAAACAAUAUAGAGUAUAGCAUGGAAUGGUGUAAUUUAAUAAGGGGUUCGUGACUGAGGAAUAAAGGAAGGUUUUUCUUGGUGGUUUCUAGUACAUGCGGGUGUAUUAUACUGUAUAUAUAUA